AUGUUCAAUGUCACCAAGGUAACGGAAUUCCUGCUCCUGGGAUUCUCAGAGGUCCGGGAGCUGCAGUUGGUCCACGCUGCGAUGUUCCUCCUGGUCUACCUGGCGGCCCUGACGGGGAAUCUCCUCAUCGUCGCUGUCACCGCCCUCGAUCGGCGCCUCCACACCCCUAUGUACUUCUUCCUUAGGAAUCUGUCCAUCCUCGACCUCUGCCUCAUCUCCGUCACCGUCCCCAAAUCCAUCCACAGCUCCCUGACCGACCAUAGAUCCAUUUCCUUCCUGGGCUGUGCCUCCCAGGUCUUCUCCGUGGUUCUGUUUGCUACCUCAGAGCUGUUCGUCCUCACGGCGAUGUCCUACGACCGUUAUGCUGCCAUCUGUCUUCCCCUGCGCUACGAGGUUCUCAUGGACCGAGGGGCUUGUAGCAAGAUGGCGGCCGCCUCAUGGCUCGGCGGGGGGUUGUUUGCAGUGAUGUCAUCCUCUGGGACGUUCUCCCUACCCUUCUGCGGUUCCUUCCUGAUCCCACAGUUCUUCUGUGAUAUCGCCUCCGUGGUCCGACUCUCCUGCUCCGAAACGCACCCCGUCAUCGUUGUGCUUCUAGUCACCGGAACCCUUUCAGGCGUCUUCUGCUUUGUCUCCAUCCUCGUUUCGUACGCGCGCAUCUUCUGGGCCGUGCUGAGGAUGCCGGCCCACGAAGGCCGGGCUAAAGCCUUCUCCACAUGCCUGCCCCACCUCACCGUAACGACUAUGUUUUUCACCACGGCUAUCUUCGCUACUUUAAAACCAUCUUCAGGCUCCUCUUCUGCUCUGGAUAUGGUACUGUCUGUGUUCUACGUUGUGAUGCCCCCCGCCCUGAACCCUCUCAUCUACAGCCUGAGAAACAGGGACGUGAAGGCGGCGGUGGGGAGGGUCUUAGUUGGGAGUCCUUUCACGCAGGGAAGAAAGCUUCUCCUUCUGACUUGA